UUGUUUCUUUCGAACUAAUCUCAAUCAACCAGUUUCAUUAUUUUAAAACCAUUUUGUUGGAUUUAAAGAUUAUAUAAUAAUUUUUUUACAUCUUCUCACCAAAGUUUUUUGAAUUUACGUAAUUGUUUUCUUCUUCUUCAUCUUCAUCAUCUAAAGUUUUUCAACUAGUUUUCUCCAAUAAGAAGGAUACGUGUUACGAAAACAAGUUAUCCUACGUGUCCCGUAAUCUUUUGUUUGCAGAAUUAGGAAAAAAGGAAAAAUAUUCGAUUCUCUUGUAAGAAAUCGUAAUCAAUGAGCCAAUGCCACGCUGUUUAUUAUUCUUCGAGUAUAAACCUGGGUAUACCACAACUUCAAAACCAUGUCGACUGAUCGAAGCAGCAACGGUCACAAUCAGAGAUGAUAUAGAUAUAAUAGCGAGGGGACAAAAUGGAAGAAGGAGAAGAAACAGAAGAUUAGUAGAGAGCAGAGCUGACUCAUCAUCAGAAUCAGAAUGCAACUCCUCUGGUGUUGUUGACAGAAGCGCCUCUUGUUGUCGAUUCUUCGCUCUCUUCUUUUCGGUGGUUUUGUUGAUAAAGCAUGCAUUUGAUGUGGUUUAUGGAACCGACGAGUAUCCUUUCACAAUUUUCACGGUAAUAACAUUGAAGGCCAUUGGCAUACUAUUGCCAAUGCUCGUUAUCAUCCGAACCAUCACAGCUAUUCAGAGAAGUCUCCGAUAUCAAAUUCUCGAAUCUGAAGAAGAUACAUUGAGCUCUGAAGAAGAAGAUAAUGGUUUGGAGGAGGAUGAGCAACAACAACAUUUGGCUUGAUUAUAUUUUUUCCUCUUUCUUUUUGUUUAAACCUUUAUUCCCCACAAAGAAAAUAGGAAUAUGUAACCAUUAGCAAAUGUAUAUUUUGUCAUAUAGAUUUUAAUUGAAAUAUCCAAACAUAAAUUAGAGGAAAAAACACUUCACCA